AAGCAGUGAGGGUGGUUCGGCCGGCCGGCCAGUCGUGCUGUGGCGGCAACCACGACGCGUAGUCGCUUCGCGUUUACCCGUCAUGUUGCCAAACAACCCCCUCGAGAACCCUUUUAACACCUCGAUUACCGAUUCGCGGAACGGAUGAGCUAAGAGGGGAACGAAAGAUCGGGUUCAGACCGGGUUGAUCGAAUCUAGGGCACGAUGUGUACGGAUCGUUCGAAUCUCGGAUGCACCUUUCUGGACCAGUAUCCUGACCUCCACGCCUAAUAUCAGCUGGUAUAAUUCGUCGUCGAGCGGUCGAGUUAGUGGGAUCGCCCUGGUUUCGUUUGUUCGAGACGCGUCAUCGCGUGCUUUAAGAUAAAGUAAGGAAUUGGUGCUUGAUUUCUCGAGAUUUGUGAUCUUCCUGUCGGGGGUAAGCAAAAGCAUACCCGCAGCAGGGAUUUUCGAAUCGUUGGUGGUGAAUCGAAUCUCUGCUACACGUGCAAGGGGUGGUUCGCGAAUCGAUCUCGAGGGUACAAGUGGUUCUGCUACUGGAAAUAGGGAACGUGUUCUCGCGUGAACAGAUCGGCAGUAGCUGGUAGUUAAUCGCUGAACAGUUUCCCUCCGCCUGGUCGAGGAAAAGCCCUGGAUAUCUGAGGAUCAUCCGAAAGGUGACACGCGAUAACCGUGGCCAAAUGUGUGUCAGAAGGCGACGAGUGAACAAAAUUUCUCGAGGGCGACCCUGAAAACGAGGAGGUGUCGCUCGCUAGGAGCUGGAGGUUGGUGAACGGAAAAACAAUUCCGACGUUCUUACGGAUGGCGAAACGGUGGAGAAACGGAGCUAGAAAUAUAGAGAGCUGGUAAACGAGUAGCACGUCGCUCGAGACGAUUAUUACGAAAGAUAAGGUCGCCACAAGUCGAAGACUCGAUUGCACGAAUAAUGAGAACGAAGCUGAGGGGCGGUAUAGCGGUGCUAUUGAUUCGCUAUCGUAAGGCAAACAGACCACAGACGCGUCGAGGAGAUCCGUCUCCUCGCGGAUACAGCCUUUCCAGUUUCGUCCGUUAAACACCGUUACCACGUUCGAUGCUGGAUUAACGGCAUUCUAGCAAUUGCUCGGAUUCUAGACCGCGUUACAGAUCAGUUUCCCUAUGCGCUUGUUAUAUCGGAUCUCAACAGGCCACUAUUCCUUCUCGUCGACGACUCAAUCCAUCAGGGAUUAAGAAAACGUGAAAUUAGUGGUAGAAUCCAUUUAUAUAUUCUCUUCCGAGUCCGCUCGGUGAAAUCAUCUCCCGGCACACGCGUCCAAUUUCUUCGUGUUCCAAAAAUACGUGCACCAGAAGGCGUAGCGACAUCCUUCAAGUCGAAAGAGUACCGUCAAGCGGUAAAACGCUCGAAUUAAACGGGAUAACGAAAUCCAAAUACCACGAACGUACAAAUAAACGAUGGAAGAUAGAGUGACCAAAAGGGUGAAAAAGCGACUGUAAUGAAGGAGACAGUGAGUGGUGCGAGUGGAAACAAAGAAGAGGGUGGUCCUUCCUCUAACGGACUGUGAGCCGUCCAAUGGAUGAGCGACGUCGAAUCGCGUGUAUGACAACGCGAUUCAUAAACGCGCGCGUACGAAAAGCCGAGGUUAAGCGUUGGCGAAACAUACUGACGACGCGACAUCGUAAGUGGGGGUGAGUCUCUAAAUGAACAGCAGCGGCGCCUUCGUCGACGAGUGGAAGAAACGAAAAGUCGAGUAGUGGCAGAGAGCUUCGGGUACUUCAAAGAAAAAAGGGGUGAGACAGAGGAAGACGAAUGUGAAACAGAACGAGAAAAAGGAAGUGUAAGGGAUAGAAAGAGAGGGAAAGAGUAGAGGCAGGUGGAGGGGAGCGGCAAGGAACGUGGCAUGAAUUAGAACUCAUUUGGUAAAGUGUUGCGCGUGUAGCGAGUUUUGAAGAGGACGUUGUCGGGGGUGGUUCAACGUCGGUGGCCUAGAGAAGGAGGAGGUUGCUGUAUUAAAGGCGGGGAGGGUUGCCGAGUGCAGAGAGCGAGGGUGGCGGAACUAAAAGCGAAAACGAGGAUGAGGAGAAAUAGUGAGCGUGAUAUGAGAAAAGGAGGAGGGUUGGGGUGGAGCUGAGAGGGGGAUAGAGCGAGAGAAACAGAGCGACAGGGGGAAAAGGGAAGAGAGAAGAGAGAAAAAGGUGAAGGUGCUGGACCGUAUCGCGGAAACUCGAAUCUUCCUGGCAAGUUGAAGGUACAAAAGAGGGAGAGGCAGAGUGAAUCAGACGUAGCGACCGGGCAAUACAGGAGAAGUGGAAAAAAAGGAAGAGAAGAAAUCAGAGGAAGAAAGAGGAACGGAGAAAAAGAGAGGGGUGGCGUGGAAAGGUUGGCGAAGAAACAGAGGAAUAGCACUUUGCUGGUUCUCGCUUCACGCUCAAAGAAAACGGGUCGACUUGUCGAGCUUGUACGACUACCGAGCUGAAGGCGAGGAGGAUAAACCAAGAUUUGAGCCGGGCUUUUUCGGGACGGUGGCUCAGGAACAAAAGGUUGAAGAUGCUCGAGGAAACGAUGGAUGAAAUCAUAGCUAGGAUUACUCUUGAUGAAAGCGUAUUAACUAAGGAACGUACGAAAGCGAUCAGACAACUUUGGAUCCGUCUAUUUCGCCACUACCAAUCAUUCCGUAUCUAAGGAUCGUCCAAGGACUGCCUUUAACGUAUAAAUAGAAGAUGUCCAAAUGAAACCUGGUGACCACGGAAGGCCUAAAAUCAUCGACCUAAGAUUUUUCUACAGUGCGCUUGAAGCACGGCAACCUAAUCUCGUUAAGUUCCGAGCAAUCGAUAAAUACGUAGAAUUUAUAGAAACCUUGACCAUCCUAAUCGAGGAAUCGACCUUAAAGAAAUAUCCAGCUAAUCGUAAAUCGGACAGAAAACAUUCGUCAACGUCAUUCAGAAGAAGUUUCUCACGAGAACGCGGCAUAAAAUGCUUCGAUCUUUGAGCAAACAGCAAGCUUCGCGCAACAAGUAGACAAAGUCCAAGCCGGCUAAAAUGAGCCAGCCUUUCGUUCAGAUGUUGAUUCUGCUGCUAUCACUGCACCAGCUAUCGGUGUUGAGUCAAUCGAAGGCGCACAGCGAGCGGGAAUCAGUGCUGAUCCCUGGCGACAUUGUUCUGGGAGGACUGUUUCCGGUGCACGAGAAGGGCGGCGCCUCUUGCGGGCCAAGCGUCUACAAUCGAGGCGUGCAACGACUCGAGGCGAUGCUGUUUGCCGUGGAUCAGAUCAACAAAGACAAGAAGAUACUUCCAGGUAUCACGCUGGGCGUACACAUCCUUGACACCUGUGGCAGAGAUACGUACGCGCUCAACCAAAGUCUGCAUUUUGUUCGAGCAUCUCUGUCUAAUUUGGAUAUCAGCGUGCUUGAGUGCGCGGACAAAUCCGUGCCCAGGGUGAAGAAGACGGCCAGCGCUGGGCCGAUCUUCGGCGUUAUCGGAGGUUCCUAUAGCUCCGUGUCGUUACAAGUGGCAAAUUUGCUGAGGUUGUUUCACAUUCCACAGAUCUCGCCUGCUUCUACCGCUAAGGCGCUUAGCGAUAAGACCAGGUUCGACUAUUUCGCGAGGACGGUGCCUCCGGACACAUUCCAAUCGAUCGCGUUGGUGGACGUGGUGAAAAGUGCAAAUUGGUCCUAUGUCUCGACCGUCUACUCCGAGGGUAGCUAUGGAGAAUACGGGAUCGAGGUGUUCACCAGGGAAGCGACAGAACGUAACGUGUGCAUCGCGGUAGCGGCGAAAGUGCCUAGCGCCGCAGACGAUCGUGUAUUCGACGAUAUCAUCCAGAGACUGAGUAAAAAACCGAAUGCCAGAGCUGUAAUUCUGUUUACCCGCGCAGAGGACGCUAGAGGAAUCCUCGAAGCGGCCAGAAGAUCCAACAUGACAGCAUCCAGUCAACCGUUUCAAUGGCUGGCCAGCGAUGGUUGGGGUCGUCAAAUCAAACUCGUAGAGGGUCUCGAAGAAGAAGCCGAAGGCGCUAUCACGGUAGAGCUUCAAUCGGAGAACAUUCCAGGCUUCGACGAGUACAUGGCCUCCUUAACUCCGGACUCGAACCGUCGAAACCCUUGGUUCAGCGAAUACUGGGAGGAAGUGUUCGGUUGCGUUCUCAAAAAGAAUAUCAGACUCGUAGGAAAUCAAAAUAGCACCAUGUGCUCGUUGAAGCUUAGAUUGACCUCGGAAACCGGAUAUGAGCAAGAGUCGAAGGUUCAAUUCGUCGUGGAUGCCGUGUACGCUUUCGCGUUGGCACUGCACAACCUUCAGAGGGACGUGUGCACGAAAACCAGCGGUUUAUGCGCCGCGAUGGCGAACUACGACCGAGCCCUAUUCUAUAGAAACUACCUGCUGAACGUGUCCUUUACAGACACUGCUGGCAGCGAGGUAAAGUUCGACGAGCACGGGGACGGGCUGGCGCGCUACGAAAUCCUCAACUUUCGGAAAUCGGCAACCAACGGGUCUAAUGGAUAUCACUAUCGGGUGGUAGGAAAAUGGUUCAACUCAUUGGAUAUUCGCACGGAGGAACUGGUCUGGGCGCGAGGCACCAAGGAUCUACCAAUCUCGGCAUGCUCGCUACCCUGCGAGUCAGGUAUGAUAAAGAAGCAACAGGGUGACACUUGUUGCUGGGUAUGCGACCAGUGCGAGGAGUACGAGUACGUCUACGACGAGUACACCUGCGUGGACUGUGGCCCGGGCAAAUGGCCACACGAAGACAAGAGGGGCUGCUACGAGUUGCCCAUCAACCACAUCAGAUGGAACAGCGCGUUUGCGAUCGCGCCAGCGGUGAUUUCGUGUCUUGGAAUCGUGGCCACCCUCGCAGUCGCGUGUCUAUUGUUCCACCAUAGAGACACACCCGUAGUUAGAGCGUCAGGACGUGAACUUACGAUCAUUUUGCUGGCUGGAGUGCUCGUUUGUUACCUGAACACGUUCCUGUUGCUGGCAACGCCUACUACAGUUACCUGCAUUCUUCAGAGGUUCGGUGUGGGGGUGAGUUUCAGUGCAGUUUAUGGAGCACUAUUGACCAAGACGAAUAGGAUCGCCAGAAUCUUCGAUUCUGCAUCGAGGUCGGCCGUUAGGCCAAGGUACAUUAGUCCUGCGUCCCAAGUCUGCAUCGCGGCCGCGCUGAUCGCAUUGCAGGUGGUUUUGACCCUGGUAUGGAUGAUCAUCGAACCACCGGGAAGAAGAUUCUCCUACCCAGACCGCAAGCAGGUGAUCCUCAAGUGUAAUAUCCAGGACAUGAGCUUCCUCUUCUCCCAGUUGUACAACGCGUUGCUAAUCCUAAUCUCAACAGUGUACGCGGUGAAGACACGGAAAAUACCGGAAAACUUCAACGAGAGCAAGUUCAUCGGCUUUACUAUGUACACCACCUGUAUCAUCUGGCUGGCAUUCGUGCCGAUCUACUUUGGAACAGGAAACGCACACGAGACUCAAAUUACCACGCUCUGCGUGGCGAUUAGUUUAAGCGCCACGGUGACAUUAGUUUGCUUAUAUUCGCCAAAGGUGUACAUCAUCGUCUUUCAACCGGACAAAAACAUCCGCAGGAAAGUCACUAUGGGGGAUAAGUCUAAGAAGCAAGGGAGUAGCGCAGGAACUUCUUCUAUUACCAAAUACACGGGAUGUGAACUAACCAGCGAGAGCAUGCCUCUCCAGAGUGCACUGACGGCCGCGGUACAGACGUCUGUAGGCGUGACGGAGAUCUCCCUAGCGUCGAACACAUCGGGCAAAACUAAUAACGAGCAAGUAGCGCAGCUGUAGGGAAGCGGGCUGUAAUUCAGAUUUGAGGAAACGCGGCAUUCUGGCGGCCGGCCAACCGAUAAGACCUCCGAGUCCGCUGAAGGAGGACCACGACACGUGUGAAUAGUGCGAAUUCGUGCUAAUAAAAAAAGUAUGUAUUUCGAAUACGGUAGAAAAGUUGCACGGCAAAAAAGCAUUCGUGCAAAGAGGACGAAAAUAAUGUGUGUGUGGGUGCGCGCGCGCGUGUGUGUAUGUGUGUGUGUGAUAAGGGAGUGACGGGAAAAGUCACUAGAGCCGGCUUAACGAAGGCACUUCCGAUUCUUCCUUCUGUGCGCACUGCUGGUUCCUACGAUACGCCUUCGAUCCUCCACGGCCAUGAGCAAGCUCGACUUCCUUCCACGUAGAUCCAUCGUACGAUUAAAAAUCAGGGAUCUUGGAUCCCAAGAGCGGAGAUAACGCGAAGAGAAAAAAAAAGACAUCAAAGAAAAACGCCGUGACUACGUCGUAUGUACAUACGCUUAGAUUACUAUGUUUAUUACUCGUGCACGAAGUGUACGAUAUUACAAGAUAUGCUAACAUCGCGAUAUAUGGAGAACUGUUUAUAAGCGUUAUUACGAAAACCUGCGUUGCAUAUUAUUCAAUUACGACACAGAUAUCGGUACUGUCGCUGUCGUCUUCGUUCGUUCAUUAUAUCGAGAUCAUUCGUAUCGCGAUCGCUGUUGUCGUUAUUGUUACUGUUAAAACGGUUAUCUUUGUGAAUAAUAUAUAUGAACGAUAUACGUACACAGACACGUACACGGAUAUUUAUAUUAUAUGCCAAUAUAGGUAUAGUACACACGCGAUCUGUCUGGCAUGAGUCUGAAAGUCUGAAUAUGAUUAGUCUCAGCAACGAGAUCGAACGAAUCGGAAGUCAGCAUCAUUGACGACAGCUAGAGGAGAAUUCGCAGAAAGAAUUCGAAUAGCGAAGAAUAUCCCAACAAUUGCCAUCCACAGGCAAAUGAAUUUUACAAUGUUUGUAUCUGUUAUUGGUUUAACGAGCUGACUAAUUGGUACAAUUAAAGCGGCGCGUUCGGCCGCGUAUCGACGAUUAAAUUCGAUUACGAUUAAUAAUGAUGCGAUCGAAUAGAGUUUUCUCUCUGGUAUUUAGCCGAGUGUUUAACCGAGACUACGCUAAAUGCUAAAUCGUUGGAGUACCUGCAUGCGCACACUCGUGCGUGUGGGUGACUCGUGCCAGGAAUUACUCUGUCGGAAAAGGUUUGCUCACGCAUAUGUAAUUAGCUUGUUCGAGUAAUCGACGUUCAUUGUCCACGUUCUUCCCACAUAGAUCGUUGACGAAGUAAAGAAGAAAAUAUUUACAUUCCGUGAGAUGUAUAUAUAUAUAUAUGUAUGUAUAUAUGUAUAUAUAUAUAUAUUAUAUAUAUAUACUAUUACAUAAGGUACUCGCGUACAUACAAGCACAUACAUAUACAAAUAAACACAAAAAUACAGUUCUAUCGUUGCACGAGAUAUUAUGUGUUUCUUUUCGGCACACGAUUACGUAAGUUGUUAAUUUUCCUCGCAACUAGCUGCAAUUAAUUCGGGAAGAUUGUUCAUCGUAGUUGGAAACGAAAGCAAAUAUCCAUUAAAAAAAUAUCUUUCGUUUUCGAAUCACUUCCCGCAUUUUUUGUAUGGAUUUGAGUUCCUAAAGGACAUGAAAUUGUUUCGAUUACGAGCUAGAUCGUUCCCUUAAGAUUGUUAUUAUUUUUUAGCGAGUAAUUGAUAUCUUUAACGAGUUGAACGUUUCAAAUGUUUAUUUCUGUUGUUUAUUGUAAUCGUAAAGCGUUCGGAUCGUAAAUAUGGAAUUACCAGCAGUCAAUAAAAAGGAGCGUGAAAGAAGUGCAAUUCGAUAGUCCGCCGUACGACACUUUAGAACAAUAACUGGAGUACAGAGAGAACAAGGGUGACAAAGAGAAAGGGGAUAUGAAAGAGAAGAAGAAAAGGACAGGAAAAUGACGAUGACAGGGAAAGAUGAAUGGCGGAAAAUUUUGAAACUAGGCCGACUACGCGAUGCGUGGAUUCAAUACACAUUUCCUCCAUGAAUAGUAGACAAUAAAUAAAUCGCUAUAAGGCGAACUUCAACCUGGUUCGAUCAAUAUCAGGAUUUACACUCGACCUGUUCGAUUAACAACACCACGAUUUCGUUCUCUGAGGCGACUAGUGGCAUUUCGUUUUUUGCUGGAGACAUGUAACAGAGGAAACAGGAAAGACGACUAUUGAAUCGUAUGAGAAAUCUCGAAGAUUAUAAUUCCAAAAUUCAUUUAACGAUCUGCAAAGAUAAGAUUUGAUAAGAAAAAUCGAGAUAUAGAGAAAGUUAGAUCGUUACACUUGUAAUUAUAAUCUUCGACGAUUAUACGCACGAAUGAAAGCACGAUUGUUACGAACGAACAAAAUUUUGUCGUUAUUAGAGAGAAUGUAAGGAAAGAUUAACACAAUGGGGAAUUAUAGUUCGAAUGAAUACGAUGCAUCAUACAAAAAAGAUAACUUUGUAUCUUUUAUUAUAACACCGAUCAUUGAAAUAGAUUUUCCCCGUCAAAAGGAA